AUGACGUCUCGGGUGGGAAAUCCCGCGGUAAACGCGGACACAAAAGUGUACGUCGGCAAUCUUCCGUACGGGUGCUCGUGGCAGGACUUGAAGGAUCACUUCUCGAACGCCAUGGGCGGCGAGAGCGUGCGAUUCGCCGAUAUUCUGACUUCGCGCGAUGGACGAUCGAAAGGAUGCGGCAUCGUGACGUUCAAUUCGAGCGAAGACGCGAAGAAAGCUAUAGAAACGAUGCAUGACACGGAGAUUGGUGAACGAAAAAUCUUCGUUCGGGAGGAUCGUGAAGGAGAAAGAGGAAACGACCUUCGAAAUCGGAUCGGCCCCUCGGCGACGUCCCCGGACGCGUCAGUCUACGUCGGGAACCUUCCUUGGAGCACUCGAUGGCAGGAGUUGAAAGAUAUUUUCCGCAAAGUCGGCAAUGUCGCGCACGCUGACGUGACGAUGGGCUUUGACGGACGAUCCAGAGGUUGGGGCGUGGUGACGUUUAUGGACCCCCAGUGCGCCCAAGUCGCCAUCGAAAGGUUGAACGGUACAAUGUUGAACGAUCGUGCUCUCAUCGUCCGCAGGGAUGAACGAGCUCGAAGCUAA